CAUAAGAAGGCCUAAUCACCUUAAUAGACGAAAAGCGUGCCGAGAGAAACAUUCGAGCCGAAAGGAUCACCAGCCGUGAGUAGGACUGUAGUUGGUAAGAGAGGGCAUGAGACGAAACCACGAUCAUAAAACGCUAAAUCUCUCUCCAACACUAGGGAUUCAACACACAGAAAUACCAUUCACAAGCCAGACCGAAAGACAAAGAGCCGGAGUAAGGGAAGGAAUGGAAAAAAAGAGAACUUACGAAACGCAAAAUCCAUAUGUUAGUCUUGGGAAACCGACGGGAGCGCAGGUGCUGGACGUGGACGCAUGGCCAGGCGCAGAAGACACGAAGUAAAAGUAUUCAGAGGACAGACCUUCGAAACGCGGCAAUGACAGCACAAAAAGGACGAAGAAAUGCAGAAACGCCGCAGAGGGGUACGCACAGUCAAAAUUAAAGACUGACCCCAGCCGACGUGCCUAGCUCGUCAUGGUACGCAAGACGCACGACGAUCGAAGUGUUCGGGCUGCCUAUGCUCUAGACCGUUCCGGCAUCCUGCACCGGUCUCGACACUUCACACGCCUCUGCCCUGAGCGCUUUGAAGGUCAGGUGGGCGGUCUGUGCCCAGCGCCUGGGAGAAGCGAACAAGUACAUUCUUCGACGGCUUUCUCGUGGAUUAGAGGAGGCCAUCGACGGCAACGGUGAGCCCAAAGUAAUCUUGUUCGUGAUGAGGGCCAAAUUGCGGACUAGAAGAGUUUCAAGAAGACGCGCAGAGAUGAUACGCCGGACAUGCGUAGCGGACUGCCGCAAUUCCAGAUCCCGUUGCGGCAG